UCCGACAUGUGCCCUGACUGGGAAUCAAACCAUAACCUCCUGGUUCAUAGGUCGACACUCAACCACUGCGUCUUAUGGGCUGGGCUCAAUUGCAAGUAAUUAAAAUAGGAAAGUAAAGAACCCUGUAGGGUGUGUUAUCAAAUCAGUUACUACUUAUACCCACUGGGGAAAUCAAAGUGAUCCCUAUCUGGGAGACAAGAUUACUUGAAUAGUUUUACACCAGCUCCUGUCAAUCGUUAAUGAGGGCUUGAGGGUGAGGGAGGGCAGCUUAAUUUACUUCCUCUCUGCUACACUGGCAAGCAAAACAGAUGUUGGCACUACAUACAGGAAGUCCUCAGGCAGAAAAUACAGUUGCCAAUAUGAAUAAGGCACCCUUAAGUGGUAAGUCAGGGGAAAUGGAAAGGGUCUGCUAGACUAGGAUUCUUGGGAUAAUAAGUAAAAGAACUCAUUAGAAGUUAGGGUAUUAAAUACAGUUGAUACUCAAACAUUGUGAUAAUAAAUUACUUGCUUUUGAAUCUAAUUAUGAGUUGAGUUAGAGAAGUCUAUGAAAUCUAUAAGUUAUUUUUUAUUUAAAUACCUAUGAAGAAAGUCUUUAGACAGCAUUGUCUGGUAAUGUGUUUUACAUGUGUUUUACUGUUUUCUUCACAGUCAAAAUACCAUGACAACCCAAAUCAAAAGGUAGCCUCAACCAAUACCCAAGAAGGUCUGAAACUCGUGCUGAUAAGUGGAGAUGUUUCAUGUUUCUGUGCCGAUGUCAUUGUCAACACUGUACCCGCGGAUCUUCAGCUUGGAAGGGGAUCACUCUCUCAGUCUCUUUUGUGUAAAGCUGGUCCCAUGCUCCAGACAGAGUUAAAUGCCACCAGGCAGGAAACAGAGGAGAAAGUGGGUAGCAUAUUCAUGACAAGUGGCUGCAAUCUGAACUACAAAGCUGUGCUCCAUGUUGUGGCUCCAGACUGGAAUAAUGGAGCACGAUCUUCUUUGCAGAUAAUGGCAAAUAUAAUCAAGAACUGUUUGAUGACUGUAGAACGGCUAUCUUUCUCAUCAAUUACAUUUCCCAUGAUUGGAACAGGAAAUCUGGGGUUUCCCAAAGCUGUAUUUGCUGAACUAAUCCUUUCAGAAGUGUCCAAAUUUAGUACCAGGGCAUGGCUGAAAACCUUACAAAAAGUUUACUUUCUGGUACAUCUUGAUGAUGAUGAAAGCCGUAAGGCAUUUUUAAAUAAAUUCACUAGAUGGUGGAGUGGAAAUCUCAACAAGGAAAGGAUUAUCAUGGUUGGAAAUACCCAAGGUAUCUUUGGGUCUGUCACUUGCCCUUGGCCCACAGUGUAUGAAAUGAAAAUUGGUGCAAUUACUUUCCAGGUUGCUAUUGGAGAUAUUACAAAAGAAAGUGCAGAUGUUAUUGUAAACUCAACAACAAGGAUGUUUAACCUGAAAUCAGGGGUGUCAAAAGCAAUUUUAGAAGGUGCUGGACCAGCUGUGGAAGAUGAAUGUGCUGCACUAGCGACACAGCCUCACAGAGAUUUUAUAGUUACACAAGGUGGAUUCCUAUCAUGCCAUAUAAUAAUUCAUGUCCUGGGAGGAAAAGAUGUCAGGAAAUCAGUUUCCAGUGUUCUGAAAGAGUGUGAACAGAGGAAGUACACGUCUAUUGCCCUUCCUGCCAUUGGAACAGGAAAUGCUGGGAAAAACCCAAUCAGAGUUGCUGAUGACAUAAUCAAUGCUAUUGUAGACUUCACAUGUGAACAUUCUACUCCAUCAUUAAAAAAAGUUAAAGUUGUCAUCUUUGUAACUGAGCUGCUGAAUGUAUUCUAUGUCAGCAUGAAGAAAAGAGAAGGAAUAGCAACAUCACCUACCUUUCAGUCCACAUUUUCCAAGGCUGCAUAUAAUAUUCCUGAAUACUCGUCUGACAUGAAUCAGCAGCUGUUUCGUGUGAUCCAGCUACAACCUGGACAGCCAGAAUAUGACACUGUGAAGAAUAGAUUCUCUCAGACUUGUUUUUCCUACAGAAUAGAGAAGAUUGAGAGGAUACAGAAUGAAUUUCUCUGGCAGAGCUACCAGGUAAAGAAAAAUCACAUGGACAUCAAGAAUGGCCAUAUAGAUAAUGAGAAAAUCCUCUUCCACGGGACAGAUGCACACUCAGUGCCACAUGUCAAUCAGCACGGCUUCAAUCGCAGUUAUGCUGGGAAGAAUGCUGUAGCCUAUGGAAAAGGAACUUAUUUUGCUGUUGAUGCCAGUUAUUCUGCUAAUGAUAGAUACGCCAGACCAGAUAGCACUGGGAGGAAACAUAUUUAUGUUGUACGAGUACUUACAGGAGUCUAUACACUUGGACGUGAAGGAAUAAUUACGCCUCCACCAAAGAACCCUUACAAUUCUACAGAUCUCUUUGACUCUGUCACAGAUGAUAUACACCAUCCAAAGUUAUUUGUGGUAUUCUUUGAUAAUCAAGCUUACCCUGAAUAUCUCAUAACUUUCAGAUGUUAAAACAUAGGAUUAAAAAAACAACAACACAUACACACAAGAAAACCGCAGAGGUGAUUUGGUCAUCUAUUUAUGAGAACAAUUUAUAGAAUUUUUGUCUUUGCCUAUGGUUUGUUUAAACAUAU